CUCAGUUGAGCUAUAAAAAGGCAUAGCAAGGGGGAGGGAGGGCUGCCGUGCAGUAGGAACUGUGCAUACACACACACACACACUCACACACUCACACAAACACACACACACACGGGGAUCCAGGGACGGCAGCCCCUUGCACUGGGAUCUAGAGCCACAGCGCGAACGAGAGGUAUUAUUCUGUAUUAACAGCACACAGGAUACCACAUUAUCUAUGCGUUGGAGGAAAAUACUCAUCUAACACAACAAAAUGGCAGACAAAAUUAAAGAUGCUAAAAUCAUCUUUGUUGUGGGUGGGCCUGGCUCUGGAAAGGGCACCCAGUGUGAGAAGGUAGUGGCAAAGUACGGCUACACCCACCUGUCCUCCGGGGACCUGCUCCGCGCUGAGGUGGCUUCUGGCUCUGAGAGGGGCAAGCAGCUCCAGGCCAUCAUGCAGAAGGGAGAGCUGGUGCCCCUGGACACGGUCCUGGACAUGAUUAAGGAUGCCAUGAUCGCCAAGGCUGAUGUGUCCAAGGGCUACCUUAUUGAUGGCUACCCCCGUGAGGUGAAGCAGGGCGAGGAGUUUGAGAAGAAGAUCGGCAAACCCUGCCUGCUGCUGUACGUGGAUGCCAAAGGAGAGACGAUGGUCAAGAGGCUCUUGAAGCGCGGCGAGACCAGCGGACGUUCUGAUGACAACGAGGAGACCAUCAAGAAGCGCCUGGACCUGUAUUACAAAGCAACUGAGCCGGUCAUCACCUUCUACGAGAGCCGCGGCAUUGUCAGGAAGGUUGACUCUGAGCUCCCAGUGGAUGAGGUCUUCAACCAAGUGUCCAAGGCUAUUGAUGCGCUGUAGUAAAGCAAGAUAACUAGAUGA